UGACGCAAUCCGGCUGUUCCAGUGGAUUUCUGUUUCCCCCACCAAAAGCGCUUCCCGUUGGUACGUCCUCCUCCCCCCAAGCAUCUAUUCCUCUUAUCUACGAACAGGCGGCUAAGAUGGAUAUUGCAAAUCAGUUGGUUGCCACUGGGCAAUUCAGAAUUCUUAAAGUGCCCCUGGGCUUCAUGAAAAUCUUACAAUGGGUGUUUGCCAUUUUCGCUUUUUCAACGUGUGGGAGCUAUGAGGGGUCAUUCAGGAUGAGCGUUCAAUGCAAAAACAGGACUGAAAGUAACUUAAAAAUAGAUGUGGACUUUGAAUACCCGUUCAGGCUCCAUCAAGUAUACUUUGAUGCCCCAACCUGCAAAGGAGAGCAGUCUGAGAGGUUCUUCCUCGUUGGGGACUACUCUUCCUCUGCCGAGUUCUUUGUCACCAUCGCUGUCUUUGCUUUUCUCUACUCCAUGGCCGCCCUUAGCAUCUACGUCUUCGCCUUUGAAAAGUACCGCGAGAAUAACAAAGGCCCACUGAUUGAUUUUGGGGUGACCUGUGUGUUUACGUUCAUGUGGCUGGUGAGCUCAUCUGCCUGGGCUAAGGGCCUGUCCGACGUGAAAACAGCCACAGACCCCGAUAAGGUUCUGGAGAUGAUCCCCUCCUGCGACCUGGAAGGAAGCACCUGCAAAGAGGUCCAUGAUGCGAAGAUGUCCGGCCUCAACACGUCCGUGGCUUUCGGCUUCCUGAACCUGAUCCUGUGGUUAGGAAAUAUCUGGUUCGUGUUCAAGGAGACGGGCAUUGUCGCUCCCUUCAUGCGCGCCCCACCAGCCCAAGAGAAGCAGCCCGCCCCCGACACCUUCGGCCAGCAGGGCUACGGCCAGGAGGGCUACGCUCAGCAGGGCUACCAGCCUGACUACAACCAGCAGGGUUACAAUCAGGGUGGCGAGUACGCCCAGCCGGCCUACGAGCAGCAGGGGGCGCCCACCUCCUUCUCCAACCAGAUGUGAGCCAGCCAAUGAGGAGACAGACGGAGGAUGAAAAGAGGGUGAUCGUGUGAUUACGGGAGUGUGGUGCCUGAACCCUACCCACAAUACCACACUCUUCCCUGUCUGUCUAUUUGUGCAUCUGUCUGUGGACAACAAGAGGGAGGGAGGGGCAGCGGGGGGGGAUAAUAACUAUCAAGGGGAAAUGGGAGAAUGAGAGGGAGAAUUUAAUGUGCUGUUCAUUAUCGUGUUGUAAACAAAAAAGAGAGUUAGGAUCGAUCAAAUGAAGACAAACUUGAAUACAGUACCAAAAUAUAAAAAAGAACAAAAAAAAAAAUCUCAAUGCUAUAUAAAUUUUAAAUUGAUAAUAUUGAAAAUAGUAAUACUAAACUUGAGAGAAUGUAUUUGUCUGUGUUGUAUAAAUAUCAUUAUGAACAAAUAGUAUAUACAAAAUUUCCUAAAGAUGUGUAUGGGGUUAUUCCACUGUAGUUUGGUUCAGUUUAGAGCUCACUAAAUACAGUUGUCUUUCAGCCCAAAAAAAUGUGAUCCUUAAUAAUUUCUACCUUCUGUGGUUUGGUACAGGCUCACUGAGAUUAUCUGAAAUUGUAUCAGAUUUUAUACUUUCGAUCUUUCUUCUUUUAAUAUCUUUUGUUUUGUUUUUUGUUUGUUUCAUUAUCUGCUCUGGUGGGAUAGAGCAUAGUACUGAAAGAGUAUGGUGUAAGCUGGAGAAAAGAAAACUAGUCAUACUAUCUGUCACAGGAGAUGAGAAUGAGAUCAUCAGCAGUGGCAGAAAUCAAACUGGUUUAGGUGUUCACAUUUUUUGUGUUAGUUACAUUUAUUUAGGAUGGAUAUUUUCCUGUGUGAUUCUCCAAGUGUUACUCUGAGAAGAAAAGCACAAACAUUCUGACCAGUAAAUUAGCAUGGUUUGAGUAUUUCCUUAUACUGCGCUCCUUAUGACUAAUGUAGUGUAUUGUUAGUGUUUUAUGCAAGUGGAUGACAAAAAAAUUACAGGUAUUUGCUUGUUUUGUGUGGAGACCUGACCGAGAUAAUCAAACUGAUGUGUUGAGAUGGUGUUGAUAGUUUAGAUAGCUGUGCCUGUUUCAGUUUUCAACACUUUUCCCUCUGCAGUACCCAUUCCUCCCUGUCUCGCAGUGACAAUUGAAACUACAAAGUACAGAGAUCUGUUGAAGUCAUUGUAACAGUAUAUUGUAGUGACAUUCCAUGAAGAUGUAAUAUGAAAGUACCACCAAUAGGAUUAUGUCAAUUACUAUAUGCAAUGCAGAGUUGAGCCGUCCACAAAUAAAACUGUACUGUAGAUGUCAGCAAAGAUGGUUGUGUUGCUUUCCUGGUUUUUUAUGAGGCUGUGAUUUCAAUUCUGAUGUUGUAUUCGCCAAAAAUGUCAUCAAAUAAUGCAGUUAUGUUGUAGAUACUGUGCUAUCUGAAUUUUUCAUGACAUGCGUUCAUGUAUACGGUGGGUUUUAGAAGCCAAACUAUAGUCGUUAUCACUUGAUAACAAAAUAUAGCAAAAGAUGAAUACAAAAGAUGGAACUAAAAUGAACUGAUCGCAUGCACGAUCGAAUGCAUGGUCGCAGACUAAUCGGCAAUCUAUUAAUGUACACUGUUUUUGUCUACUAAUAUCAAUAAGCAUCUCCCACACUCCCAGUAAUGGUCUUCGGUGGGAAUCUUGCUGGUAGAUUGGUCCUUGGCUUCCACAGGCUGAUAUCUGGAUUGGCAAAGACAUGACUGAGCAUCAAAACAUGGUGUGGCCCAAAUACUCUGCUGAAAGGAAAUCAAGUUUGAAUUUUUAUAUUUUAAUUUAGGCGAUACAGCCACUCUCUUCCCUUUCGUCGCUCUCACUGUCUCUCCUCCUCCUUUCUCUCUCACUCUCUGCUCUGUCCCACUCUUCUUCCUUAUACAAUAUGCUAUUCAACUACUCUGUUGUUAGUGGUGUUCAGUAUGUCUUGUGAUACUCUCAAUGCCUUUGGGUUGUGCUGUAUUUCUUGUGUAUGAUAUAUUAUUAGCGUUAACAAUGAUGUUGAUGACAAUGGUCACAACUUUGCAGAAAAAACAAUUCACUGAAAUCUAUCCAGAAUUCUGUUGUAUUCUUGCUCUGUGGAAUCCACGAAGGAAAUUCAAUAAAGAAGAAAUUAUCCUGUU